ACCAAUAAAACUAGUGACCUUUGCUUCUCCAUCUCUCUCCCUCCUUUGAACAAGUCAAAAUUGAUUUUAAUCCGUUUGAUUUUCUUUGACUUUCCUUUGAAAUUCUCUAGUCGAGAGCUUUCUCUAUCCAUCAAUUUAGGGUUUUCGAUUUCGUUUUCGAGCUUUUCUCGCUCUUCUCUCACUUUUUCUUUCCUCUUUUGUCUCCUUUCUCCUUCUUCAAUCUCCGCCAUGACUCUCUUCUGUUUGAUUCCGAAGUUCUCAUGAUCUGGGUGCUUAAUCAGAUCGAGAUAUCGCCUAGGGUUUUCUGUUGUUUACGCGUUUUGUCAUGGUGAGUAGUACUCAACAACGCACGGACGAUGGCUCUUCUCCACCGGUGGUAAAAGCUCUUAAGACCUAUGGAAUCACGAAGCCACUUUCUAUUGCUGGUCCUUGUGCCGCUGAUGUUAAGCGUAAUUUGGAACUAGAGAAGUUUCUGGUUGAUGAGGGGCUCUAUGAGAGCAAGGAAGAAACUAUGCGGAGAGAGGAAGUUCUGGUGCGCAUUGAUCAGAUUGUAAAACACUGGGUGAAACAGUUAACUCGUCAGAGGGGCUAUACAGAUCAGAUGGUGGACGAUGCAAAUGCUGUCAUUUUCACUUUUGGAUCUUACCGCCUUGGAGUUCACGGACCUAGGGCUGAUAUUGAUACUUUGUGUGUUGGCCCAUCUUAUGUUAACCGAGAGGAGGAUUUCUUCAUUAUCUUGCGUGAUAUGUUGGCUGAAAUGGAAGAAGUGACUGAACUUCAACCUGUUACUGAUGCCCAUGUCCCAGUCAUGAAAUUUAAGUUCCAAGGAAUAUCGAUUGAUCUUCUGUAUGCUAGCAUAUCACUUCUAGUUAUCCCACAGGAUCUGGAUAUCUCCAACUCUUCUGUGCUGUGUGACGUGGAUGAACAAACUGUCCGCAGUCUUAAUGGUUGUAGGGUUGCUGAUCAGAUUCUUAAACUCGUUCCAAAUUCCGAGCACUUCCGGACAACAUUAAGAUGCCUGAAGUACUGGGCUAAGAAGCGUGGGGUCUAUUCAAAUGUUACUGGAUUUCUUGGUGGUGUAAACUGGGCACUUCUGGUUGCACGCCUGUGCCAGCUUUAUCCAAAUGCUAUUCCUAGUAUGUUGGUUUCGCGAUUUUUUAGAGUAUAUAUACAAUGGCGCUGGCCGAAUCCAGUCAUGCUUUGUACAAUAGAAGAAGAUGAGCUUAGCUUUCCUGUCUGGGACCCACGGAAAAAUCAUCGUGACCGCUAUCAUCUUAUGCCAAUAAUAACUCCUGCAUACCCAUGCAUGAAUUCUAGUUACAAUGUCUCUCAAAGCACACUUCGUGUUAUGACAGAGCAAUUCCAGUUUGGCAACACGAUCUGUCAGGAGAUUGAGCUAAAUAAACAACAAUGGAGUUCCUUAUUUGAGCAAUAUAUGUUCUUUGAGGCAUAUAAAAACUACCUUCAGGUUGAUGUACUAGCAUUAGAUGCCGAAGAUUUAUUGGCAUGGAAAGGUUGGGUGGAGUCACGGUUCAGGCAAUUGACCUUGAAGAUAGAACGAGACACAAAUGGGAUGUUAAUGUGCCACCCUCAACCAAAUGAGUAUGUAGACACUUCGAAGAAGUUUCGACAUUGUGCCUUUUUCAUGGGCUUGCAGAGGGCAGAAGGAUUUGGUGGCCAAGAAUGUCAACAGUUCGAUAUACGUGGAACAGUGGACGAGUUCAGGCAAGAAGUAAACAUGUAUAUGUUUUGGAGACCUGGGAUGGAUGUGUAUGUUUCUCAUGUUCGAAGACGGCAGCUUCCAUCUUUUGUUUUCCCAAAGGGAUAUAAAAGGCCUCGGCAGUCAAGGCACCAGAAUCAACAAUGCAGAGAACCUGGUGAGGGGGUCGUUGGUUCUUUGUCCGACUCUGUUGAUGGAUAUGCGAAGAGAAAGAAUGAUAAUGAAACUAUGGAUACCCGGCCAGAGAAACGUGAGAAGCGUGCAUCUCGUAGUCCACAUAGUCUGGAUGCAGUUUCUCCUGUCAGCAGUGGUAUCACUACUGGUGAGACUCCUCAGAUUGGCAUUGCGCCAGGUCCUAGAGCUGAAUGCUUAGUAACUGGUGAUCUUGUUUGCAAUGUUAGAAGUCUUCCUAACGUGGAAGUCGAGGCUGAAAAAUUUAUCCGUAAAAGCACGGAACUCAUAAAAUUUUCUCAAUAUGAGCAUAACUCCGGUUGCGAGCAAAUCCUGGAAGUAGAUAGUAGGGCUCUAGUUCAAGGUUAUCAUGGUCUGGCUGAGCCUGUAGGAAAACAUGUGAGACCUGACCCUCGUGCUGUGCUAGCAUGUGAAGGUUGGCAGAAUAAAGAAAUAGGUCGUGAUAUGGGCUCUGAAUCUAUUAAUGACACUGCCACACAACAUCUUCCAAGGCGACUUAAUGUAAAAGAAGAUGUUGAUGAAGUUGAGAGGGAAGCCAAGUCGGGAGAAAUUGCUGAUGGUGUUUUGUGGAAUGGAUACUGUGGGCGGAACCUUGAUCAUGAGGGUUUUUUGACUCCUGCAAAUUUGGAUUCAGCUGUGGAACAUAGAAACUUGCAUGCAGACAGAUUGUUCAAAAGUGGCUUGUCAGAAGAACUUCAGUCAAAUCCUUUGCUCAGCGGGAUGGGGAAGCUGGACGAUGGAGCUAGGUCAGAAUCUUUGCAGAAUGCAAUGAUGAGGUAUGUGUUUUUGCAACCCAUUACUGCUUUUUUUGCCAAUCAUGAUCUCUUUAUGCUCUUGUUUUGGUUUUCUUGGUACUUUUUAUAGCAGCAGGAGGUUGAGCUUGAAGUCCAUAGUGUGAGCGAGGUCUCCGCAAUUCUAAUGAGAACCGGAAGAACAAAGGAAAAAGUAAAAAGUAAAAAGAAAACACAAAAAUAAAUAACAAGAAUCAAGCAACCUAGUGUUUGCUUUGGAUGACAGCUUCAGAACUCGACACUAUUGGUAAGUUCACCUAAAUAUGAAAACUAAAAGCUUAUAAAGGUAAAAAAAAGUUCUAAAAAAUCCAAAAAAAAAAAAAGAUAGAAGAAAAGAAUAAAGAUAAUAACUUUCAAAUGAUUUACUUGUUGGAUUCUUGGUGGGAUUGUGAGUAUCCAUCCAAACUCUGGGAAGAAUGAGUAUGAAUAACUGAGUUUGGGACGAGACAUGCAUUGUUCGACAAUAUAUGCUCCAGGUGAAAUGUGGAGCUGUGCUAGUUCAAUAAGAGAGAUACAAAAUUAAAAAGAAGAAACCAGUGAGAUAACCAUAGAACAAGGCAAGUGUAAUGUAUCUGUCUGCCUAUUCUGGUUAUUUCAGACUUGUUUCUGUAUUUUAUAUGCUUUGAGAUUUGGGAUCUUUCAAUGUUAUAUGAUUAUGUACAUAAAAUCAUCUCCUGUUUUCUUGUU